GCGCCGGCUGUCACUGGCAGCCAGCAAAGGUAAACAAACCAGUCGGCAGCAGAACGAGCAGCGCCCACUCUUCGGUGAUUCUGGAGCGAAUGGAUCGUUUAGUUUGCCUGUUUAUUGGCAUUUGUCACGUUUAGUUCGCUCCCACAGGCACAGUCGUUUUGCUUAAAAUGGUUUCAACUACUAGCUCAAUCUACACCAUAAGUGCGGCACUGGCGUUGCUUGCUUUCACCCCGGCGGCGGAAGCAUUGAGCGCCUUCCUGAACGUUGCCAUCCACAACAGCGGAUUUCAUCGUGAUAUUCAUUACGGCCUUCGGUUCGGUGGCAUCGGGCGGAUGUCCUGCGAGCUGUUGCUCGUGCAGCAGCUACCGGCCGCCAUCUACGUCAACACGGACCAGCUCGUCGAUCUGAAGCGCUUCCACAAAAUCAACAGCUACGUGCCUUUGUACGUCGAUGUGGAAAAGCCGGCCAGCAAGUCGGACCCCUUCACCGUGCACCUGUACGAAUCGGUGCGGCGCGAAAUUAACAUCACGCUUCCGAUCCACUUCCGCUAUCACGACCCAUCCACACGCAAAUUCGAGCGGAUUCAGGUGGAAAGUCCCACCCUGUACGUGCGCUGCAGCAAUGUGCAUGCGAGCAAGUACCCGCUCCGAACGGUGGGCAAGGCAACGCUGCCCUGUUCGGACAGCUCGGAGAUCGAGGACUACGACAAGCUGCACCAGGCCGAGCUGUGCGAGUGGGACGAAAUGGAGUUUAAUAACCUUCCCACGGUGAUAAGUGUCCUGAUUCCGGUGGGAAACAGUGCAUCGUACGGGUUCGUGCUGCCGGCCACAAUCCUGGUCAGCUGGAUCGGCAGCAUGUAUCUGAUCUACGUCAUUCUUAAAGUGGGACGCAAAGUCAACAAAAAGCUACUGUAAAGCUUUCUGCAGCCCUAAAGCCGACCCAAAGCCGCGAUCUCAUGCCUCAACCUCUCACACACACACACACACGUGUGUGUUCGCCAUGGCUCAAUUUAGCUUUCAAAUGCAUUUGGUCGUAUUUCAGUAUUUUUAUUAUCAUUAUUACUAUCAUUAGCAUAACGGUUUAUAAAUAUAGCCAAUCUUUCUACGGAUGCUGUACUGGAUGGCGUACAGCUAGCGAAAAGGGGAUGACAAAAAACAA